AUGACGCGGCUGCUUCCGCAGGGAGGCACGCGGUGUGGAGGAGAGACCUGCAGCAUUGCCCUUGCGGCGACGGCGCGCGAGUCGCAAGCUGUGGGGCAGUUGUGGCCACGGCACGCCAGGAGCGGCACAUUGUUCUUCCCCCCGGAUGUCGAAGGCGGCUUCUGGAAGACCCGGCAGCGCGGCCAUGCGAGGCGCCGUCUGUGCGGCAGCCUGGAAAGUGACAGCGGCGGUGAAGGAUUAUUGGCAUGCGGGGCCGGACGCCGCCACCUGCUGGCGCGGGCGCUGCCCUGGCGAGCCAACGCGCACUGCACAGCACAGUGA